AAAAAAAUCUUUCUCUAGAAUGUAUACACACACACACUAAAUAUGUAUUUAGUUGACUAGAUCAUCUUGUGUCGAGUACAAGCUUUUUUGUGUGUGUGAGUGAAUUAUUUUUAAAAACCUACAUUUCAGUGUCUUAUUUUUAAAAUGCAUUUAUUAUGCAUUUCUCAUUGUGCAGGAUCACUGCAGUUAGCUGAGUUAUUUUUAACAAUAACAACACAAAAUUGCCUUUCCAGGUUCUAGAACUCCUAUUAUCAUCAUCCCUGCAGCUACAACGUCUUUAAUCACAAUGCUUAACGCCAAGGAUCUCUUACAGGACCUCAAGUUUGUCACAUCAGAGGACAAAAAGAAGCAGGGCAUUCAGAGGGACAACGAGGUUCUAAUGCAGAGACGUAAAGAUCAGGUUCAGCCAGGCGGAGCCACCAUCAGUGUCACAGUACCCUACAGAGUGAUUGACCAGCCGCUCAAACUCACCCCACAGGACUGGGAUCGUGUAGUGGCAGUCUUCGUCCAGGGUCCUGCCUGGCAGUUCAAGGGCUGGCCGUGGCUGCUGCCUGAUGGAUCCCCCGUGGAUAUAUUUGCCAAAAUCCGAGCUUUUCACCUGAAGUAUGAUGAGGCACGGAUGGACCCAAACGUGCAGAAGUGGGACGUGACUGUGCUGGAGCUGAGCCACCACAAAAGACAUUUGCACCUUCAUGUCCCCCUCUGCUUCUGGGAAACACUAGACAGAUACAUGGUCAAACACAAGUCCCAUCUGAGGUUCUGAGACCGCUGGCUGUCCACCGUCAAGAUCUUCCCUCCCUUCAGAGACAUUUCAAGAUGGACCGCUAGACCCCCGAUCCUCUCAGCCUCCCUGAAAGCACUUUGGAUUUCAGUAUGCUUCACCCUCUGCUGACACCAGUUUGAUUUGUAGCCUCUUCCUCCACCCGUAGAUGAACAGGUCAGGGCAGGUGAGAGGAAAUUUGGAUGUUUGGGUUGGUCCUUGUCAUGUUUUCUCAGUAGCUUUGUAUUUUUCAAUUGUAAAGCAGUUGGUAAUCAAGGCAGAUUCAAAAGGAGAUAUUUGAUUUUUUUUUAUUUUUUUUUUUAAACACAAUCU